AUGUGGCGCUUCCUGAAACCCAUAGCUAAAAAGGCACGGACGGAGGAGGAGGAGGAGGAGGAGGAGGAGGAGGGGGGUCGCGAUGCGAAUGCUGCGAAACCCAAACCGACCAGCGCUGGAACUGGGGGGAGAAAGUUUCAGACGAAGUGGCUAUACGACGAUGCAGGGAAAAAACGCGACUGGCUGACUGUCAAGAACAACAUCAUGUUUUGCACUGUGUGCACAACUUUUGGAAAGGACAAAAAAAGUCAGGCGAGUCACUUUGUUGUGGGCUGCUCCUCGAUGAAAGUUGAAAGUAUAAUAUCACAUGAAGGCACUCGCAACCACGACAAAAAUAUGAAAAUAAAGCAAGCCAAGUCUGCCCCACUCCAUGAAGCGCCCUCGGUGCAAGUUCUCACUAAACUCUCGGACGUAAACACCCAGAAGAUGAAGCUUCUUUUCCGAAAUGCGCACGCCAUCGCCAAGAAAGGUCGACCCAUCACCGACUACGUCUGGCAAUGCAGCAGCACGUCGUCAUCCCCUGGUUUCGAACUGUGUGUCUUGUCUCCCUGGAUGCCCCCUGGACUCCCUGCUGCCUUCCUGGAUCUCGACUCACGUCUCGCUCCCAGCGCUUGACCUCCUGCCUAUCCCUGGACCGCACCAAUCUCAACACGCACCUUCAACACCACCCGGUAACACUCCACAUAUAAUCGCUACACAUAGUCACACCGUAUACAUUUGGAUUAGUCACACACGUCAUUUAUGUAUUUUAAUAAACACGCUGCAAGAUAACGACGUCCCCGCCUCUGUGCCGUCUCCUUCUCCCACUGUA